AUGAAAAAAAGGCAGUUCCUCUCGGCAGUCUUCCUGCUGUUGAAUUUGAUUCAUCUCAUACAUGGCACAUGCACCAAGCCUCCCCUACCUGCCAAUGCUUACGCGCUGACGGAGGACAAGACGUCUUAUGCCGUGGCAGAAAAGUACACAAUCGUGUGUCUCCCCAGCUACACCCUCAAUGGGGAGUCAGACUUAAUCUGUCAGAUCGGGGGCACUUGGUCUAGCGCGCCCCCUACCUGUGUAUCAGAUAGUAUUGUGGAUGUUCCUUGGUGGGUCCUUUUGUUGGGUGUAGUCGGUGGAUUAAUCCUUAUUCCAUGUUGUUUACCAAGGAUUAUAUUUUGCUUCAUGAACAAGAAAAAGAAAGGAGAAGAAGACGAUGAGAAAGCCUUGUACAAGGGGGGAGAGAAGGGAGGGGGAAUGUGGAGGAGUGGUCAUGGAAACCCCGUCACCCCCAUCACAGACAGGGGGAAACACCAGCUCCACAAAAUGUGAAGAA